CUGGAGGGGCAGAGGGAAAGAGAGAGGGGGGGGAGGGAAAUUGGGCUUAGAGAGAGAAAGGCUUUGAGCUUUGAACAAUGACGAGUACCCAAGAAGCGGAGAAGAUGAUGAUCAAGGGUGACAAACUAACAAAACUAAGUCUUACUAGGUGGAGUGCUGACUGGAGAAAUGCCACGUCCCUGUACGAGAAGGCUGCUGUUGCUUUCAGGUACGCCAAGGAAAAUGAGAAAGCAAAAACAGCAUUUGAGAAAGCUGCAAAAGGACAGGAGAUGCUCUCAUCUCCUUGGGAUGCAGCCAAACACAUGGAGUCAGCUGGUGCUAUAGCUAAGGAUCUUGGCAACUGGAAUGAGGUUUCUGACUUUUAUAGGAGGGCAUCAGAGUUGUACAAUGAGUGUGGAAGAUCACAACCUGCAUCUGAUGCUCUUGCUAAGGGUGCACGUUCUCUAGAAGAUGCUGCACCUGAUGAGGCUGUUCGAAUGUAUACUGAUGCCUGUGCCAUCCUGGAAGAGGAUGGAAAGGAACAAAUGGCAUUUGACUUGUAUCGUGCAGCAACAAGCAUUUAUCUGAAACUUGAGAGGUACACUGAUGCCACGACUUGCCUGUUGAGGUGGGGCUUAGCUGCCGAUAAGUGUGAAGCUGUCAAUAGUCAAUGCAAGGCAUAUUUGAGUGCCAUCAUAGUGUACCUUUAUUCACACGACUUCAAGCAAGCUCAAAAAUGUCAUAACGAUUGCUCUCAGAUUGAAGCUUUUGUUGGGAGCGACCAAAACCGUUGUGCAGUUAGACUCUUGGCAGCGUAUAAGGAAGGUGAUGUUGAGGAGAUAAAGCGCAUCGGUCAGUCGAGCACCAUCUCUCAACUUGAUCACAUGAUUAUAAGGCUUGCGAGGAAAUUGCCUACAGGUGAAGUGAGCUCACUCAAUGUUGAAGACAAAGGGGAGGAGGAACCCCUGGAUGAAAAUGAUCUUACCUAAGUUUACAUAAAGUCCCUAGCUUGAGAAAGUGUGAGAAAGAUCUUUACAAGCAGAUCAAAUCACAGGUACACGCUUCAACAUUGAAAUCUUACACUCAUUUAAUAUCUGUGUGCACGCACUUUUAUGUGUAUGUGUGUGUGAGAGAGAUGUCAUUGUAUGUAGCACAGACCAUAUACCCAAUGCAUUUGUAUUCAAAAUAUAAUUACUAACACUUCUUGAGAUUGAUCUUCUUUUCCAUUGCUUGUAUUGGAAACCACGUACUGUUGAAUCUAAUCUCAUCUUCUCGAUCCAA